ACGAAAUGAAUAAGUUAAUAUAGUAUAGGUACAGUCAUCACGCGUCAACAUCAAAAGGCAGUUCGAAUAAAGAUUAUUCUGCAAAUACAUGCUCCCAGCUACAGUCAAUUGACGUAAAUCCAACAGAACAUUCAGAUCAUGGCGAACGCAAGCAGAAAAGAAAUCCUGGGCAAAGUCUAUAAGAUGAUCCCACCUAUGCUUGAGAGCUUCCAUAAAGGCCAACUAGGCCGCGUCGCUGUCAUCGGCGGCAGCGAGGACUACACCGGCGCACCAUACUUCUCCGCCAUGGCCUCCGCAAAGCUCGGCUGCGACAUGUCACACGUCAUAUGCGAGCCAGCCUCGGGCGCCGUCAUCAAAAGCUACUCCCCAAACCUCAUGGUGCACCCCUACAUGCGCCAGUCGAAAAACGCAUCAUCCACCGAAACCCUCGACACGGUCGCCUCGAGCAUAACCGCCAUGCUACCACGCCUGCAUGUGCUUGUUAUAGGCCCAGGCCUGGGCCGCGACGCGCUGAUGCAAGACACAUGCGCGCGCGUCAUCGAAGCAGCGCGGGCGGCGUCGAUUCCGUUUGUGUUGGACGCCGACGGACUAAUGCUAGCGACGGAGCGGCCGGAGCUGGUGCAUGGGUACAAGGACUGUAUCCUGACGCCGAACGUGGUGGAGUUUGGGCGGCUAGCGAAGAAGAUGGGUGUGGAUAUGAAGGGUGAUCCGACGACGCUGUGUGCGGCGCUGGCGAAGGCGUAUGGCGGCGUGACGAUCAUUCAGAAGGGGGCUGUGGAUACGAUAUCGAACGGUGAGCAUACGUUGGUGUCGGAUGGCGAGGGUGGGGCGAAGAGGAGUGGGGGACAGGGUGAUACUUUGACAGGGAGUCUUGCGACGUUACUUGCAUACCGGAGUGCUUAUCAUGAAGGACUGUGGGACAAUGGUGGAGAGAUGGAGAGAUUGGAGACGUUGGCGCUGGCGGCGUACGGGGGAAGCGCGAUUACGCGGGAGUGCUCGCGGCUGGCUUUCAAAGAGAAGGGGAGAAGUCUACAGGCUGGAGACUUGACGGAGCAUGUUCAUCAAGCGUUUUUGAACGUGGUGGGCGAGCCAGGGACCUGUACUGAGAAGUUGUGAGCAUAGUGCGAAUGCUUGUCAAAAUGUAAAAUCAUAUCAGAAACAGCGACGAAGUGAGUGACGGGACAGCAAGAUGCAAAGGAAUUGCAACAAUAGCCGCUCACUGGCGGUACAAUAUCUCUCUAACUCUAUGCAAUCUUUGCAUUGAAAUAUU